AUGGUAAUCACAAAUCCGAUAAAUCCUCCUCGCAGACUUAAGAGAAAGAGAGUCGGCGUUGCGUGUAAUACUUGUCGAUCACUAAAGAUACGCUGUGACGGAGUCCGACCCCAUUGCGGUACUUGCCAACGCCGCCGGGAUCGCUGUAUAUUUAAAGAUGACGAUCUGCGUCUACCCAGAGAUGGCGGGAGCCCUGGCACGCGAGAGGAUGUAAUAGUGAUACCUCCCUCGCAACUGGAUUAUGGACCUCUAUGUCAUGAAUCCGCAUCCUCCGCGUCUUCUGUCACAACUAGAGGCACGACGCAUGACCGGGAUGACGCUGGCGUGACAGCCAUGGGCUUAACUGUCGGUCCACUGGACAGGGACCAGAACACAAGUAGAGAAUUCUUCGGCGACUCGUCGACAGUGGCUUUUAUACAGCAGUUGCAGCAGUCUAUCCCACCAACUAUCACUGGGCCACGUUCUGGCCACGAGGCGCCCUGUCGCUCAAUCGACCUGCACAAUUAUGAUAGGCACCCCAAGCUCUCAACUGAACCUAGCCCAUCGGUAGAGCUUCUCCCCCCACGUCCAUUAGCUGACCAUUUGGUCGACUGCUAUUUCUCUAAGAUACAUACACUUUACCCUUUCGUGCAUAAAGACGCUUUCUUUAGUGCAUACAGGUCGCUAUGGGUGCCUGCGGAGUCUAGUCGAAGCACAAACACAGUUCAUGGUCUGGGCAUAGGAGACAUAACUGUCAAUCACACCACUUUCCACUGCGCAUUGAACGCCAUAUUUGCUCUAGGAUGUCAGUUCUCCAACGUAGUGCAGACACAGCGAGAAACUACGUCAGAAGCUUUUUAUCGUCGUUGCAAGCCGGUUUUAGAUUUGGAAUUUCUUGAAGGGGGAGAUUUAGCUGUGUGCCAAACUCUCUUGCUCAUCACACAUUACUUGCAAUGCUCAAGAACUCCCAGUCGUUGCUGGCAUGUUAUAGGCAUGGCAUGCCGGCUUGCCCAAGCACUGGGACUGCACUCAGACCUCGGCAAUGAACGUCGAUCAUUUGCCGAAAUCCAGCUUAGGCGGAGGGUAUGGCAUGGCUGUGUAAUGCUUGACCUGUACGCCAUUAGCACAAUACUGGGACGCCCGGCAAUGAUUGCCCAAAAGCCAGUUACGCCUCUGCCUGAGGCCAUUGAUGAUUGCUAUCUAUCAGCGGGUGCUCCAACUUGUAAACAACCGCCCCGUGUGCUAUCGCGUGUUACAUGGUUCAUUGAGACACUUAAGCUGUACGAUACGCUGCGCAAGAUCCUGAAAUCAUUGUAUGAUAAUGCAGGGCCAACGGAAGCGGGUAACCAUAUGCCGGCCGGAAAUACUCGGCAGAUUCAGAACAUAAUAGAGAUCGAUGCAGACCUCGAGAAUUUCAAGACCAAACUACCAGAAGCUCUCAUGUGGGAUCAUGAAGUUUUACGUGACGGUCCAGACAACUUCCAAAGAGAAAAGUGCUUGCUUCGAGCAAGAUAUUCAUAUUUGAAGAUUCUCCUAUACCGGCCUAUCCUCGCUCAGACCCUCCGCAACAGUAAUGCAACGUUGUGUAGUGAAAGCAAUGACUCUACCCAUCAGGCUCCACUCCACUCCAGAGUUAAUCUGGACUGUUCCAUAUACUGCGUCAAUGCGGCCAUUGAUCUUAUUUCCUUAGUACAUCAGACUUGCAACACUGACCUGUCCAGCGUCUGGUGUUACAACGUGUUUUAUGCAUUUACUGCAGGGUCUGUCAUCCUUCUUGCGGGGCUCUCUCAGUCGCUUGUAAAUAAUGUAACCCAGGAAGCUUUACAACAGUCUUGGCAGAAAUGUCAGUCCGCAUUGAGCAAGCUAGGAUUGUACAGCAGCACGGCGGAACGCUGUGCCGAGAACCUACGCACGAUCAAAGAGAGGUGCUCUAUCACUUUUCCGCACUCUGCGAUGUCGACUACCAAUAUCCUGUCGCAGGAACAACCAUCUGCCAAUCAGUUCCCCACGUUUGAACAGCUGGAUAACGACGGAAACGAUGAUCUAGUAUCAGAGGGCACAGAUUAUCUGCCACUCACAGACGACCUCUUUCACGAUCUUGACUUUAACGAAGAUACAUUUUUUGACCCUUUCUGGUUCAGUUUACAGUUCUGA